GUUUGGGACGCGUUUGCAGUCUGAUGCCUACAGUAAGGACUUUACCUGGGACAUACUCAAUGGAUGAGACGGUACGAAAAAGAAGGACUAAAAUCAUACUAAGCGAAUCGAUCAGCGCAAUCUACCUGAAUGACGAGAUCGAUAAGACGCGAGUUAAACGCUCAAAGAAAACAGUACUACUUCCUUAUAUGGUAACUACAUCCUUACCUUAUUUUAAUUAUAAAAGUGGCGUCGUUCAGAGAGGUAUCUCCUGUAGUGGCUGCCAGGUUGCUUUAGAGAAAGCUCUGAGGUCUUCAAGGGUCAAAUCCGGAGCCUGUGCGAUGAGAGACAAAGUAUACUCGCAUGACGAGUUUUUAGAUCACUUCAAAGCCUGCCAAGAGGCUCAGAACAUCUGGAAGUCGCGCGGAAGGGGUUCUGAUAACGCUAAUUUCUCUGAGUUCGUUAGACGUGGAGGCUACUUUAAGAGAAGGGAUGUGAUCAUGUCUUUCAAUAGUAAGAAAUAUGCAUAAU